AUGCCAGUACAUACUGGUAUUCGUCCAUUUAUUUGCAAGAUAUGUGGAAAAGGUUUUCGACAAGCUUCAACACUUUGUCGUCAUAAAAUAAUUCAUACAUCUGAAAAACCACAUGCAUGUCGUAUAUGUGGAAAAGCAUUUAAUCGUUCAUCAACAUUAAAUACACAUAUGCGUAUUCAUCAAAAUUUUAAACCAUGGAUAUGUGAAUAUUGUGGUAAAGGUUUUCAUCAAAAAGGUAAUUGGAAAAAUCAUAAAUUAACACAUUCAACUAUAAAACAGUAUAAAUGUUCGAUAUGUUCAAAAGCGUUCCAUCAAAUAUAUAAUUUAAAAUUUCAUAUGUAUACACAUUCGAAAAUAAAACCACAUGCAUGUAUGAUAUGUUCGAAAGGUUUUUGUCGAAAUUUUGAUUUAAAAAAACAUAUGCGUAAUGUGCAUGUAAGCAAAAUAAAACUUAGCGCUUUCAUAAACCCUCCAUAUUUUUUUUGUUCUAUGUCUACAUCAAAUAAACGUUUUUUUGACAAUGAUCUAUUUCAAUCAACAUCAAUCAAAAAACGUCUCUGCAGUUCAUUAGUACCAAGUGUACCUCAAGGUGGUACGAAUUCUGUUCACCAGUCUAGUCUUGAUCAUUCGUUCUCAUCCAAUAUCAAUUUAACAUCAUAUUCAAAACAAAUAACACUCGAUGCAGGUGAUCGAAUAAUAAAUAAAAAUUAA